UGGGACUCGUACAAUGCGGGAAAAUAAAAUAAUAUUUACGUUCCCACGUGAACGCCCAAUUUUGUUUAUCCAUUCACUAUUUUUUUUAUUAGUUUCUUGACUUUGUUUUUCCCCUUCGUUUCGUCGCUUCCCCAAACAUGCAAAAGACAAAAAAUUUCGCGACGAAAAUCAAAUCCCCAUUCUUUUUUUAAUUAUUUUAGUUAAGUUUUAUUUAUGCUUCGUCAUCUUUUCUUCAUUUAUUUUUCUUGGAAUCUAUACGUUGUUUGAGAUUGGAAGAAAAAUGUCAUGGAUAAGAACGGCUGUUAGUAGAGCCGUGGAAGUAGGCGGAAACAAUAACCUCAGACGCACCGUAUGGAGUGUCGCCGAUUCCGUCGUCCAACAUGCCGGAUCCGCCGUGUUCGGUGGUGCCAGGAUGAUCCAUAACCGCAUUGCUGCUAGGAAUAUGCAGAACCUUCGAAUAACAGUAAAGAGGCUGGAAGAAGUAUCGGUAUCAUGUAAAGGAGUUGAAAGGAUUCAGCUAUUAAGACGAUGGCUCGUCGCCCUUAAGGAAAUCGACAGAUUACUCAAUGAUCAAAAUAACAAUAACGAUGAUAAUAAAAAUAUUAGUAUAACUAUUAACAACAGCGACACUACUAAUGAUAAUGACAAAAACAACGUUGAUCAGUUUUCUUUCGAAGACAUCAAGGAUUCUCCCCAAAAGCCAUCUUUGGUAUAUUACUAUGACCCAGAAGUGGGGGAACCAAUGAAUUUUCGGGAAGUUUUUCUCUAUAGUCAAGCUCUUGAAGGGAUGACAUUGUCAAUGAUUCUUGAAGUACCAAACGAGGAAGAGGUUUCACUAUUUAUGGAAAUACUUAGGAUCUGUAUUGCAGGAGGGAAGGAAGUUCAUGAGACAGUAAUGAGCAACAUAAUGAACUUAGCAGUGGCUUUCUCAAACUAUGUGGAGGAAGUAUUGGUAAAACGAGAAGAACUGCUCCAAUAUGCUCAAGCUGCAAUUAAAGGGCUCAAAAUAAAUGUUGGUCUUGCAAGAAUAGAUGCUGAAGCCUGCAGUCUAAAGGAAAAACUUGGAGAAAUGAAGGCACUCCAAAACUCUUCAACUCAAGGCCAUGAAGAUUUUUUUCAAAAACAAACUACUGCAAUGAUAGAGGCUCUUAAAGAAGCUCUUGGCCUAGUCAGGUUAUAUUCUAGAUUGGAGGCACUGUUACUAAAGAAAAAAACUUUAAGCAAUGGGGAUACUCCACAACUUCAUGCUGAAAAGGUUGAUAAAUUAAAAGUUCUAUCAGAAUCUCUCAGUAACUCAACAUCAAAGGCUGAAAAGCGCAUUUUGGAGCAAAGGGUUCAGAAAGAAGAAGCGGUCAGCUUUCGUAUUGCUAAAGCUAACGAAGUGAGCCAACAAGAGAAGGAACUGGAAGCUGCGAUUCAAGAGCUUGAGAAGCAAAAAGAUGAACUUGAAGCUGAACUUAAAAAGGUGAAUGCAUCACUUAUCGCUGCUCGUGUACGCCUUCGGAAUGCAAGGGAAGAGCGAGAGCAUUUUGAUGACGCCAGUAACCAGAUUCUUCUACAACUGACAUCAAAGGAAGAGGAAAUUUCGAGAUCUAUUGCUUCAUGCCGAGUAGAAGCAGACGUGGUUAAUGCCUGGAUUCAUUUUCUAGAAGAUACAUGGUUUCUGCAAACCACCUUCCAUGAGCAGAAGGAGAAGCAGGUCAAUGGUGAACUAGAGAGAUAUGGGGAAUAUUUUGUGAAUUUGGUCACUCACCUUCUAUCUGCUUACAAGGAACAACUCAGGCCUUCCAUAUCAAGAAUUAGGCAACUGGUGGAGAGCUUGAGCUCAAGCGAAAGGUCAGGAGAAACAGCAAAGGAUGAAUCUCAAAAAGCUCCUAACCAAAGAAGAAAUCUUGAAGAAGAAUAUCUUAACCUUGAAUCCAAAUUUGUAAGUACCUUUAGUGUAGUGGGUUCAAUGAAAACACAGAUCUAUUCUCCAAAUGAAGGAACUUACAGGAAAAAAGAUGAAAGGUUGAAAGAGCUAUUUGAUGAUCUUGAAAGUAUAAGGGAAGAAUUUGAAUCCAUGGAGAGACCAACUUUAGAACUUGAGAACCCAAUCCUAAACUCACACUCACCGUCCACCCCAAAGUCGCAGAAAAGUCCUUGGUCGCGAUUAAAGUCUUCCUUGAAUAAAAAGGAUCAAAAGAAACUGAAAUUUGAGUUGGAACAAGACGAAGAUGAAGAGAGUUUAGAUUAUGAAACAGAUGAAAUCGUAGAGUGGGAAUAUGAUGCUUUCGAAAAGGACCUAAAACCCACCAACUAACCAAUUUUUUGUCUAAUUUUUCUGGUUUUCGGUCUCUUUUUUGAAAAAAAAAAAAGAAAGGUUAGAAAAAUCGGUGUAAGAUAACUCGUUACUUAAGCUAGAGAAACUUAUAGUUCCUUUGUAUGUGUAUAUCAAAUGUUGUGGUGUAUAUUCUUCGAUUUUUUUAUAUAUACUUAAAUGUAUAGAAAUCGCUUUUAACAAA